CGGGGCUUCUAGGAAGUUCGAGGCUCGGCACGCACUGGUGGCGGGGAGACCAGGAUGAACGUGGAGAAACGGUUGAAACGUGAAGCGGUGGAGGAGGAGGAAGAAGACGAAGAUGAGGAGGUGGCAGUUCAAGUCAAGUACGGCCGACAUGAGCCUGAAGACCGUCGCAGCAGACAUUGCCCGUAUCUGGACACUAUCAACAGGAGUGUCUUAGAUUUUGACUUUGAGAAGUUGUGCUCCAUUUCCCUGUCCCACAUUAACGUCUAUGCCUGCCUGGUGUGCGGAAAGUACUUCCAGGGCCGGGGGCUGAAGUCUCAUGCAUAUAUCCACAGCGUUCAGUUUAGCCACCAUGUCUUCCUGAACCUCCACACCCUAAUGUUUUAUUGUCUGCCCGACAACUACAAAAUCGUCGAUUCAUCCUUGGAAGACAUUACGUAUGUAUUGAAGCCAACGUUCACUAAAGCUCAAAUCAGUAAUCUGGACAAACAGGCAAAGUUGUCUCGGGCAUACGAUGGAACCACCUACCUACCGGGCAUUGUGGGGCUCAACAACAUCAAAGCUAAUGACUAUGCUAAUGCUGUAUUGCAGGCGUUAUCUAAUGUUCCCCCGCUGAGGAACUACUUCUUGGAGGAAGAGAAUUACCGUGGAAUUCAGCGCCCUCCAGGAGAUAUAAUGUUCCUCUUGGUGCAGAGGUUUGGAGAGCUGAUGCGUAAAUUGUGGAACCCCAGAAACUUUAAGGCGCAUGUCUCCCCACAUGAGAUGUUGCAGGCUGUGGUUCUUUGCAGCAAGAAGACCUUCCAGAUCACUAAACAGGGUGAUGGUGUCGAUUUUCUUUCCUGGUUCUUAAAUGCUCUAAACUCUGCUCUUGGUGGCACCAAGAAAAAGAAAACCAUCGUAACAGAGGUAUUCCAGGGAUCGAUGAGGAUUUUCACCAAGAAGCUGCCCCAUCCUGAUUUGCCAUCAGAAGAGAAGGAGGCGCUGCUCGGAAAUGAGGAGUACCAGGAGAAGACGUUGGAGUCGCCCUUUAUGUACCUGACUCUGGACCUUCCCACCGCCCCUCUCUACAAGGAUGAGAAAGAGCAGCUCAUCAUCCCCCAAGUGCCACUGUUCAGUAUCUUGGCCAAGUUCAAUGGCAUCACAGAGAAGGAGUACAAGACCUACAAGGAGAACUUUCUGAAGCGUUUCCAGCUGACCAAGCUCCCUCCAUACUUGAUAUUCUGUAUAAAGCGUUUUACCAAGAACAACUUUUUUGUGGAGAAGAACCCGACUAUAGUGAAUUUCCCGAUCACAAAUGUGGAUCUACGUGAGUAUUUGGCAGAAGAAUCUCAGUCUACGCACAAGAACACAACAUAUGAUCUUGUAGCAAACAUAGUGCAUGAUGGGAAGCCCAAUGAAGGUGCCUACCGCAUCCAUGUCCUCCACCAUGGCACCGGGAAAUGGUAUGAACUGCAAGACUUGCAAGUAACCGAUAUCCUGCCCCAGAUGAUCACGCUGUCGGAAGCCUAUAUUCAGAUCUGGAAGCGACGUGAUGACAGUGAACAGAAGCAGGAGGGAGCAUGAAACACCGACGUCUGCCUUACCGCUGUGGGAGGUGGAAGGAGAGGCAUAAAGGAAGCGGGACUGGCAGGUGUCCCCUCACUCCUUUGAGCCAUAAGUUUAAAUAGAAAUCGAGCCACAGUCCAGUGUAGGGUCCUGGCUGCCAUAUUUUUCCACCGGAGAACCAGGCCUCCAGCCCUUCAUCUAAAUACAGGUGACAACUGUGGACCUACUGAAGACGUCUCCAUCGACACUUUGUGUGUUAAUGAAUUAUUGCGGGGAAACACAGACUGUCAUUAUUUUCCCACCUAUUAGAAAAGCUGACGUGAUUCCUGUGCUUUGUGUGACUGUAUAUAUUUAUACCAGAUGUCUAGAAGAAAGGUUCACGUUAUCUUGUGUGGUUUUUAAAUUUUUAUUUUGUGCAUUAAACCUGUUUU